AUGAUCGUCAAAGGAGGGCUCGGUAGCGAUGUUGCUGCUGCGUUUGGGAAUCGCCGGAAACGGGCCGACGGGUUGCUGCUCGAGUCGGGGUGGUGCAGCGAUUAUGGGUUCAACACUACACAACAAAACUUUGUCUCCGUAGUCAACCGAACCUUACAAGGAUACUGUGAUCGAAACCUCUCCAUACACAAACUCCAUCUCGACUUAGCGUGGGUCUCCCUACCGGUCUUCUCCCGUCCACUCCAUCUCGACUUAUGGUGGGUCUCACGGCCGGUCGUCUCCCUUCUCGACAAAUGGAUCCCGAUAAUAGCCGCCCUCAACAUAAAAGCAUUCAAACUCACCUUUUCUUUAUAUAAUAGGCUGUAUUACGACCUACCCUCGGCAGUCUUCUUAGCCGAGUCCCUCGAAGAACUACACCUGUGCAAAUGCAGGCUUAGCCCGGUUGAGAGCUUUCGGUUGAAACGUUUGCGCACGUUCACCCUUGAAUUUGUCAAAGUUGAUGGCGGGACAUUUGAGAAGAUAACUUCGGGUUGCCCUUUGCUCAGGCGUCUGGUCCUUCGUAGUUGUGAGGGGUUGAGAAACGUUAGGCUGAGCGAGGAGGCAUUGCCUAGGCUCAAGCACUUUGAAUUGUCUAAUUAUUACCAGAGGGUCAAAGGGCGUAGCAUCGAAUUCGAUGUCCUAAAUCUCGAGAAUGUCAUUAUCAAUUGCCCAUGGAUUUGGUCUCACUGCCAAAGCGUGUUCUUGUUCUCUUGUCUCACGAGUUUGUCUCUCUGGAAUGUGAUCCUGUCGAGUGAGUCGUUUGAUCUCUUAUCGUUCGGCUGCCCGACUCUUGCGAGGUUGACCCUAUGUCAUUGCUCCGGUUUCGAGGAAUUCCAUCUUACAAGUGAUUCGGUCAAGUGGUUGACCAUCUCGAGCAGCGAAAUACCGCUUAAAGGAGCUUCCAUUUGUGCCCCAAACCUUGUCAAUUUUCAUUUCCUUACCCAUGGUUCCCAGGUGCCGGACACAUUGUCUUUCAUGAUCACUACUACCAAGAACUGGCACUCACAUGUAAGCCUCUUUUCAAGUGAGGAUGAUCCCGAUUUCGACGUCAAUUUGUGGUUCUUUAAGCUGAGACGAAUGCUCAAGGCACUAAGUGGGUCUCGAAUUUCUCUGAGUCUGAAGAUGGACGGCAGCCCUCUGAACGUGCCGUGCAGUGAUGCCGACUACAAUCAUCUUCUAGGCAACCAUCCGCCUGUGGUGGUGGACAACUUAGACUUCAGUACUAGAAAAUGUCGCACGGCAUCUUGGUACUCGGGCUUUACGAAUGGUUUGUUUCGUGUUUGUCGACCGAGGCAUAUAUCGGGUUGUAGGCUCGUGAGCAAGUCAGCCAAGAACAAGCACAUGCUCUCAGAGUUUCAGUUCAACAUCUUUCUUGCAAACAUGAGCCUCGGGACAGGGCCCUACUUUUGGCGGCACGAUCUGGAGCAAGUGCACGUGAAAACCGUCAAAGGAAAAUAUGGCAGCUCGUGCAGUGGGCGAACCUUUCGAAAUUGA